UUAGAAAAUGCAAGCAGCACCGUACUAGAAGCCACGCCGUGUUCAGUUCCGGUUGCUUUCCUUCCAGAACCAGAUCCCAACAAUAAAUCCAAGCGUGCUCCUUCCCUGGACACUGAAUCAUCAAGGCGGAGCGUCCUUUCAGCAAAAUUUCCCGAGACCUCGAGCAAAAUCUGGUCUGGUUUGGUUCAAAUUCGCCUUUCUUUUGGGGCGUUCUUACGGGCCAUGUCGCAGCACGACGACGACCUCGCCGGAGUUCAUUCGGAAGAAGGAGACCGCCACGGCGUUGUAAUGGAUGACUCCGACUACGAGGACGAUGAGUUGGACCAAUCUACUAGUAAAGCGACUGAACACAUCACGGCUAUGGAUGUGAAGAAGGGGAAGGAUAUACAAGGGAUCCCCUGGGACAUGAUGGCGACUACAAGAGACAAGUACAGGCAGUCAAGGCUGCAGCGGUAUGCCAACUUUGAGAACGUACCUAAUUCCGGAAGGAUUUCAGAGAAGGAAUGCAUGCCUGCAGAGAAAGGCCAACUCUACUAUGAGUUUCAGCAUAGCACGAGGUCGGUGAAAUCGACCAUCCUUCAUUUCCAGUUGAGAAAUUUAGUAUGGGCAACGACAAGGCACGAUGUGUAUCUUAUGUCAAACUUUUCUGUGCUUCAUUGGUCAGCACUGACUUGUAAAAAGCAAGAAGUCAUUGAUCUUCAAGCACAUGUCACACCAUGUGAGAAGCACCAUGGGAAUUACUAUGAGGGAUUUUAUCGGACUCCAGUUAGUACUUUGGCAGUGAAGCAUAAUUUGCUUGUUACUGGUGGAUUUCAUGGGGAAAUAAUAUGCAAGUUUCUGGAUCGUCAAGGAGUAAGCUACUGUUGCAAGUCAACACAAGAUGACAAUGGUAUUACUAAUUCUUUGGAAAUAUUUGAGAAACCUAGUGGUUCUCUGCACUUCCUGGCGUCAAAUAAUGAUUGUGGACUUAGAGACUUUGACGUGGAAAGAUUUCAAAUAUGCAAUCACUUCCGUUUUGCUUGGCCCGUGAAUCAUACGUCACUGAGCCCUGAUGGUAAACUUGCUGCUAUUGUGGGGGACAAUCCUGAUGGACUUGUGAUUGAUCCCAGUUCAGGAAAGACGAUUCACGAACUCCGUGGCCAUUUGGAUUACUCCUUUGCGUCAGCAUGGAAUCCAGAUGGCCGAACAUUUGCCACUGGAAACCAAGACAAGACAUGCAGGGUCUGGGACAUCCGCAAUCUCUCCAAAUCAGUUGCUGUAUUGGGUGGCAACAUCGGAGCCAUCAGGUCGAUUCGCUACACAUCUGAUGGGAAGUUCAUGGCAAUGACUGAACCAGCAGAUUUCAUCCACAUCUUUGAUGUAGAGAGUGGGUAUAGCAGGAAGCAGGAACUGGACUUCUUUGGUGAGAUCGCGGGAAUAUCGUUCAGUCCUGACACUGAAGCUCUUUUUGUUGGUGUGCAUGAUCGCGUAUUCAGCUGCCUCCUCCAGUUUAAUCGGCGAAGGUUCUACUCGUACCUUGAUUCGCCUGUGUGAGCUAGUGCUGGUAGACCUGUGAGAUCUACACAGGCUGUAGAAACAAGAAAGUUGUGUAUAUGUUUAUAGGUUUUGCUAUGAAGAAACUGGAGAUGGUGUGUUUACUUUUGCUGAACAAGCUGUAGGUAUUCAGCGAGCCGUCUUUUCGAAGCUUUGUACUGUCGCUGCUUUGUUCGUUUGGCUGAUAAGCCAUAGCAGAAAGUAUUGUUGGCUGAUUUGUUGUGAGA